AAACAAAUCUUCUAGUAUUUAUCUCUACUUUAAAGUGUUAUCUUUAGACGCUUGAGAGUUGCUAUUGCUAUGGAGUUUGUGAAAGAGAAAGGUGGUGACAGAAUUGAGCUAGAGAAAGUUCUACACAUGAAUGCUGGUGAUGGAAACAACAGUUAUGCCAACAACUCCUUACUUCAGAAGAAAGUGAUGCAAAGAGCAAAACCAGUGUUACGAGAAAGUAUAAGCGAGUUAUAUAGAAAGAAUUUUUCAGACUGCAUAAAAAUAGCAGACAUGGGCUGCUCUUCAGGUCCCAACACUUUAGUUCCGAUCAGGGAGAUCAUAGACGCCAUUGACGACGCGUGCAACCGACUAAAAAGAAAAGCUCCCGUUCUCCAACUUUUCUUGAACGAUCUUCCGACAAAUGAUUUCAACUCGAUCUUCAGGUCAUUGCCGAAUUUUCUUAAGAAACUCGAGGUUGAGAAAGGUGGCAAGUUCGUGCCUUGCUUCAUAGCAGCUAUGCCUGGAAAUUUCUACGGAAGACUCUUUCCAUCUCACUUCUUGCACUUUGUCCACUCUUCCUACACUCUCCAUUGGCUGUCUCAGGUACCUAAAGAAAUUCUGACUGAAUCUGGAGUUUCAUUGAACAAAGGCAAUAUUUGGUUAUCCGAAACAAGCCCUCCUACUAUAUACAAAGCAUAUUUCAAUCAAUUCAAAACAGAUUUCACACAAUUUCUAAGGUCGCGCUCGGAAGAGAUGAUUUCCGGUGGUCACAUGGUGAUUACAUGCAUGGUUCAGACUACUAAUCCUCAUUGCAAAUUCGGCGGGUGUGAACCUUUGCGAUUGAUUAAUAUUUCCCUCAAGGAUAUGGUUGAUGAGGGAAUAAUCAAAGAAUCAAUUCUGGACUCGUGUGAUAUUCCAAUGUAUGCUCCUUCUAAAGAAGAAAUAGUCAGUUUAAUUGAAAGAGAAGAUUCAUUCAUGAUUGCAGAAUUAGACGAAUUCGAACUGAGUUGGGAUGUAAACAUUGAAGAUGAUAAUCAAGAAUUGGUGUUUAAUAAAUGGGAACGAGGUAAGUACGUAGCCACGUAUUUAAGGGCAGUUACAGAAUCUAUACUAGCAACUCACUUUGAAAAUUCCAUCAUUGAUGAUUUGUUCGAUCGAUUGUCGCUCAAGAUUGUAGAUUACUUGAACAAGGGGAUUGGUUUGCAUAAUAAUCUAGUCGUUUCCAUGAUAAGGAAAUGAAAUCACUACCAAUUUGUGGCUAUAGUUUCAAAAUUAUAGUAUGAGAUUAGUAUGUAUUUGGUUUGAA